UAUUUUAGGAUUAGGAAUGGAAACAUUAUCUGGUACCGGUAUUGUUCCAUUUAGAAAACCCUUAUUAUCAUUAUUAAAUACAAAUAAAGGUCGCAACAAGUUGAGUUUUAGUAUCAAAUGUAGAGUUAAUGGAAACGAAAACGAUGAUGAUGAUGCUCCUCUCUCGUCCACUGCUUCCGCUUACGCUCUUCUUGGCCUCCAGCCCACCUGUUCACCUUCUCAACUCAAAGCAGCUUUUCGCCACAAAGUGAAGCAGUUCCAUCCGGAUGUGAAUAGAACUGGGGAAUAUUCUGAUGCAAUGAUUCGACGCGUUAUUCAGGCUUAUGAGAUGUUAUCCAAUUGCAGCCGAUUGGAGAUUAUUGAAAGUGAAUGUUUGGAUCCUUUUGAGAAGCCUGAAUGUGAAGCAUUGGAUCUCUUCGUGAAUGAGGCUCUUUGUGUUGGAAAAGGGUGCCCAUAUUCAUGCGUAACAAGAGCCCCUCAUGCCUUCACGUUUGCUUCUACUGGAACUGCAAGAGCAACUUCUCAAGGACAUGGUGAAGAUUACCAAGUUCAGCUUGCUGUUGGUCAGUGCCCAAGAAGUUGUAUUCAUUAUGUUACACCCUCGCAGAGAAUUAUUCUAGAGGAGUUACUUGAUAGCAUCUUGAACAUGCCUUAUAAUAGCGCAGCUGAGGCAGAUUUGCUAUAUGGUCUUAUAGUUAAAGCAAAGUAUGAGAACAAUCGAUACCAAAAGCCAAAGAAGCAACCCAAAGUUUCAACAGAAAAUGUGGAUUGGUUUUGAGUUCCUGCCUGUAUAAAAAAAUAAGCCCAUGUAUGUUGAGAAAUGAAAUCAAUCCUCUACAGAGAUCUUCACCUUAGUGCUCAAUGCACCUUAGCUACAUGUCAGCUAUGCAAUACAGAAAGUGGUCCUGAAUGUCAAUCUGUUAGAAUUGUUGUAAAUUGAGUGGCAGGUCAUCAGAAUUUGUUAGAAUAUUCCCUCUAUAAAUUCUUGAACGUUGUAAGAGCAUGACAGCUCAUUCUCUAUUUCCUCUUGUACCACUCACUCAUCUAUAAAUACAAUAACCUCAGCUCCUUCAAUAAUGAGUUGUGAUUACACAAAA